AUGAGCCGCGUCGACUGCGAUCGCCUCGACGUCGCCUUUCCGCUCGCCAAGUCGGCUCAGCUCGAGUCCGCGCCAGCCCUCGACCCGGUCGACCCGGUCGAGCCGGUCGACUCGGACGAGACGACCUGCAGUUUCCACCGAAUGCCGAGCCAGCGACGUCGCAAGUUGUGGACGCUCGCGGCUCGAGCCGCGGGCCGGCGUCCCUCGUCGCCCAAGCCGCUGGCGGGCGCGUCGGGUCGGCUGACGCCGUCGAAAACGGUCCGAACGGCGACGCCAACGGCGACGGCGACGGCGACGGCGACGGCGACGGCGACGGUGAGUGGCGAGGACGGUCGACGCGUCAAGAAUCAAGAGGACUCUGGCGUGUCGGUGGAGCUGUUCAGCAGCCUGGAGGCGCGCGGCGACGACGUUGACGUUGACGUGGACGCGGACGAGAUGACUCAUCCAGCGGGUGCAGGCUCGAACCGCGCUUGGUGCCUGGCCGGCGUUGAUUGGCCAAUCGGCGAGCCGAGAACCAGUCCCAGUCCCAGCCCCAGUCCCAGUCCGAGUCCGCGAUGGCGAAGCGGCGUCGAGCCGAGUCCGGCGCGGCGCGAGGCUCGCGGCGUCGGCGUCGGCGUCGGCGUCGUGCAGCAGCAGCAAAAGUCGAGCACCGAGACGUCGGGCCUCGGCAGCAGCGUCGAUUGGGCCUCGACCGAGGCGCUCAACCUGCUCCAGCACGCCCACGCGCCGCAUCAUCACCUGCUGCGUCACCAACUGCAUCAC